AUGGCUACUUUGGGUUAUUCUCAAACUAAUUUUGAUGUAACCAGUUAUGGAGCUGUUGGAGAUGGUAUCACAGAUGAUUCCCAAGCUUUUAUGAAGGCAUGGAUGGCAGUUUGUAGAGCGAGAUCGAACAUGGCUGUCCUCUAUGUGCCAAGAGGGAAGAAGUUCUUGCUCAAGCCCUCCCAAUUUGGAGGUCCAUGCAACUCACCUAACGUCCAUUUCCUGGUUGGAGGAGAAAUUGCUGGUCCAAAGAAACUAUCAGAUUGGAGAGGCCAUGACGUUUCGAGGUGGCUCUCCUUUCGAGAUGUAAAUGGACUAACUGUUGAUGGAGAUGGCCUAAUUAACGGCCAAGGAGCUAUUUGGUGGAAGUCUGUGGGAGAUGCGAAAGCAAGACCUUUGGCAGUUGGAUUUUCCUCAUGCAAUAACCUUAAACUCAGUGGAUUAACAUUAAUCAACAGCCCUAGAAGUCAUAUCGCAAUAAAUUCAUGCACAAAGGUAACCAUCACAAAUCUUCGUAUAAUCGCCCCGGAAACAAGUCAUAAUACUGAUGGCAUUGACAUCUCUUCUUCAUCCAAUGUUCAAAUUCAAGAUUGCUACAUUGGAACAGGUGAUGAUUGUAUUGCAAUUAACUCGGGCUGCAAUAAUAUCAGCAUUACUGGCGUGGUCUGUGGCCCAGGCCAUGGUAUAAGUGUUGGAAGCUUAGGAAAAGACGGGGCACAGGCAGAAGUGGAAGACAUACGUGUAGAACACUGUACUUUCAAUGGAACCCAAAAUGGAGCAAGGAUCAAAACAUGGCAGGGAGGGUCUGGAUUUGCCAGGAAGAUCGUGUUCGCAAAUAUAACUGUCAUCAAUGCUUAUAACCCCAUCAUCAUUGACCAGUACUAUUGUUUAUCCGGUAAAACCUGCCAAAGUCAGAAAUCGGCUGUUAAGCUAAGUGGCAUUUCAUUCAUGGGGUUUCGUGGGACAUCCUUAAGCGACGAUGCAAUCAAUCUAAGUUGCAGUAAGAGCGUUGGUUGCACCAACAUUUUAUUAGAUCACAUCAACAUAACCUCAGCUGUUAGGGGCAAGAUUGUUCAUUCCUCUUGCAUCAAUGCUCAUGGCAGAGACAUUGAUUCCAUCCCCAAAGUAUAUUGUUUGUCACCCUGAAACAGUUUUCUAUUGUAUUAUUGCCCGUCUACUUCUAAGAUGACUCUGACAUGAACCAUAAAAAUGUGUUAGAAAUGGAACAAUG